GGCUACCACAUGACGUCACGUGUUUUUGGGAACGAGAGCAUAGGUGACAAGCAAAAUGGAGGAAGUAAUCAACGAUGUUGUGGAUCCGGAGGAUUUAAAGAAAUUUGAGAGGAAGUACAACAAAGAACUGGUAGCAGGGAACAUCACAACAAACACACAGUUUGAGUAUGCCUGGGCUCUAACCAGAAGCAAGUAUGGGAACGACAUCAAGAAAGGAGUCGGUCUGUUGGAAGAGUUGUUCCAGCAAGGUGAUGAGCAGACACAGAGAGAUUACCUGUAUUACCUGUCCAUAGCCAACUUCAGACUCAAGGACUAUGAGAAGGCACUGAAGUACUGCCGGGCCAUCCUACAUGUAGAACCCAGGAACCACCAGGCUCUGGAGAUGGAGACACUUAUCAAGGAGAAGAUGGCCAAAGAGGGUCUGCUGGGUAUGGCCAUUGUUGGAGGCAUGGCUGCUGUAGCCCUGGGAGGGAUUGCUGCUGUGGGAUUCGCAGUCUCCAAGGGGAAAAGUUAGACCACACCUUCAGAACCCAAGGAUGUUCCAUGAAGAACCAAUUACAUGUAUCCAUAACGACCAAUAGAAAAUCAACGAAUCAUAAUCAUCCAAUAGCUAGAGUCUGUACUAGUUUCAGAGGUCUAAGUUUGGUACGUAUUAAGUUAGCUUGAGAUUUUGCAGUGCAUAGCACUUUUCAUUAUCUACAUCGUAUAGAUGGUAUUAUGAUACAUAAGUAUAUUUGUUAUUAUUAAUCAUGCUGAUAUUGACCUCCCACCUCACAGCCACCUGCUAUAUAGAGUAAGUGAUCAUGUUUUUUUUUACUGUAGUUUGAAUCUUGGACUGAUAAAAACAAAAUUCAUAUACUACAGUGAAAUAUUUGUUUAGCUCGUAGACUAUACAUAUUUUAUGUUUGUUCAUGGUGAGUAUAUUUAUCCUUCAUAUUUUUGCAUAUUAUUCUAUAACUAUAAACUCCCUUGACUUUAAUAUAUAGAAAUAGAAAGUGGGAGUAACUACAAUGUAUACAUGUACAUGUAAUUCUGUAAUAGGAUCAAUUGCUCAAAACAAAUCUGCUUAAUUGCCUUUGCAAGAGGGAUCUAAUGUAUGCAUCUGUAUCAGUAUAGAUCCGGCAUAACACACCAGUUUCUGCGUCUGUAUAGCCAGUACAACUACCCUUCAGUGUAACACACCAACUCAAUGAUUCAACAGUUAUUGUUAUUAAUAGUGUUACAGUAGAUAUUUCUCACAUGUAUAGAUUGGUAUAUUUUGAAUAUCUCAAUCCACUAAUGUGGUAUUACAUGUAUUAUUUAUCACAAUAGAGAGUAAGAGAUACCUUGAAAGGUCUUGAAAGCAUAUAUUGGAAGUGAAAGGUAUAACAAUUUGUGACUUACCCUCCAAGUGCUAUUAUAAGCUAAUAUAUAAUAUAUAAAUGUACAAGUAGAUAGUUACUCUGGAUGUUAAGCAUAUCAGAAAAUCGGCUUUAUGACAAUUGUCAUGACCUUUACUUCCAAUAUCUGCUUGAAAAUAAUUCUUCUUUAAGAAUGCAUCAUUGUACUACAUGUAAUGUUACUUUAAUAGUAUUCAAUGAAGGAUGCCAAAAAAAAGUUACAGGCAGAUUCCCAAAUAACGUUUUGUUUGCUAGUUUAUGAAGUAUAAAAUGCGUACGAAAUGUGAUAGGUGAUGUUGAAUUUGUAUAAUUAUUAAUUGAAA